GAACACGGACGUGGGACAGGUUAAAAGGGAUCCCCAACGGCCUUAACAAGACUUUCAGAGCGAAACGAUCAGUCUUAGUGUAAUUUCUGUCGGAAUAAACGCUUUAGGGACGAAAAAGUGUGAUUAUACCAUUGGAUAUAGGAAGAGGAAUAAGGAAAAUGUUUCAUUGUUUUGGUAAAAGCAAGACGGGCAGAUCUCGGGAAGACUUGGGCACCUCGGACAACACCCACAGGAAGAAGCUGGUGGUGGUCGGCGAUGGUGCCUGCGGGAAGACAAGUUUGCUGAUCGUGUUCAGCAAGGACGAGUUUCCAGAAGAUCACGUGCCUACGAUAUUUGAUAACUAUGUGGCGGACAUCGAAGUGGAUAACAAACAGGUUGAGUUGGCGCUUUGGGACACAGCUGGCCAGGAAGAGUACGACCGCCUUCGGGUACUGUCUUACCCCUACACUGACGUGAUCCUCAUGUGUUUCUCUGUAGACAACCCAGACUCCCUUGACAACAUCGAAGAAAAAUGGCUGCCAGAAAUCAAGCAUUACUGCCCCAAGGUUCCCAUUGUGUUGGUGGGGAACAAAAAGGACUUGCGCAAUGAUUCUAAUGUCAUCCGGGAACUUUCACGCCAUAAACAACUACCAGUGAAGCCGGCGGAAGGAAGGGAGAUGCAGGAUAAGAUUGGUGCGCAGGAGUACUUGGAGUGUUCCGCUAAAACCCGCGAGGGGGUGCGAGAGAUUUUCGAAGCUGCCUCCAGGGCAGCGCUGAACAAGAAACCGAGGAAAACAUUCCGCAGUGUAAAAAAUAGGAUAGCACAAAAAUUUAAAUGAGACUUUUGCUUCGCUGCUUUUGGAAAAAAACUUAAUGGCGUAGAUUAGGCUAUGAACAUUCUUGGUGCUAAUUGUGUUCAGAGAUAUGAACAUAGGUCAGGAGGGACUGUUUUGCUGGAUCUACGCACUAAUAACAUUUAUUGUUUUGUAUACACUCCCCAUAAAAGAGCCUUUUUCGGUGAAAUGAACCAGGACAUUUAACUUAUGGCUCUAUUAGUUAGAACUCUAAACAACACUUCUGCAAAGGGGGACUUAACUUGACGUGACGGGAAGGAGUAUGAUUGGAGUGGGAAGAUCACCGCAUUUAUGUAGAGAUCUGAAUGACGACAUUUGGUGAGGGUAAACAUUGCACGAUAGUUUCGACAGCAUCCGUACUGUAUUGGGAUGGGCUAUUGAGUGAAAUAAAAGUAGGUGACGUCAUUAUUGACCCCAAUUUGGUGAUUUCACUGUAGCGGGGUUGCUUGUGCUAGCCAUUCCUGAAUCUUCCUCAUUGCAGUUGCUUCCUACAGUAAUGACUAUAUAUAUAUAUAUAUAUACGAAAGGGCCAUUUGAUAAUUCCGGGCUUGUUUAAGUUUUUCCAUAAAAGUGUUCCCACCCAUUCUCCACGCAGAUGAAACAGGUGUGUUAGAUCUUAUUGGCGACAUUUACGCAGCUACAUACACAGGUUAAGUCCCUUCCGGCAAAAUUGUUCGGAUCGGAUACAAAUGGAAACGCAAAUGUUGCUGGUAAUAUAUGAAGGGUGAACGUGUGAAUCACGGAAAAACGUGACUCAAACAAUCAUGAUUUUUCGUGUUCGCCCCGACUAAAGGAUUAUUUCAAACGCGGAUCUAUAGCGCUAUAGAUCCGCGUUUGAAAUAAUCCUUAACUAAAAAGGUUCUAACGAAAACCGUCAGGGUUUUUGGUCCUUACUAAACUUCAUUUCGUAUUUGAACCAAAGAUGAGCUAAAUUAAGGGAAGAAAAAUAUUUAAAAAGUCAACAAAGUUCUUGAGAGAGAAUUGUAUCAGAUUUACAAAAAAAGGAAAAUGUAUAUGGUGUUCGCGAAUAACUAAUUGUCAGUAAUACAAAUAUUAGGCCGUUAUUUUUAUCUUCAGCGCCAUGAAAGUGAGGCAUGGCAUGUAUCAUCAAUUUUUAUAUAUGUUUUGUAAAAAAAAUUUAUUAUUCAGGGUCAAAGGCUUUCAAGCGAAUGUCCUUGUGAAGCAAAGUUAAUGGCACGUUGACUGUGAUCACAAAGUGACCCAGAUGUUCAAUAAAUGUCCUAUUCUAUGCCUGUUCUAUCAGUACUUGUGGGUCUAUGGAUAGGCCAUACACAUAUUAAAUGUUUACCGAAUGUAUAUCUGUAUACAUGAAGUGUGUUUUUUUGGACGAGAUAACAGCCUAUUUCUGGAAAUUCGGUCAACUCGAUUCGGUCCCGUCCAUCAGAUGAAACAAGCUGGAUACACGACGCAACCGACGGGAUGGAGCCGAAAUGACAGCUACAGACAAAAUUCCUGGUACAAACAUGUUGUAUUGCGAGAAUAGAGAGACCCCAUAUUGGCAACUGGUUCCUGCCUAUAUACUUAACAGUCUCCUUUGAUAUUUCUUUUGUGAUGAGAAGUGUAUAUGAUCUAUCGUUAAUCUCUAAUUGUUUAUGAUGCUGUCAAUCAAGCAUUGUUAAAGUGUCAACUUGGGCAAUAGAUGUGUUGGUUUUUCAUACAAAAAUGGCUACCAACAGGACUGCGACUUCUCCAGACAAGAUACUUAAAGAAUCAUUAUACAUGUAUUGCGAUAGACAAUGCACUAGAACGGGGCAUAACCAUAUGGCUGGCAGAGGUAUCAUUGUUCCUUUGGCCAGGUAAAUCCAACUCCAAAGUUCUCCCUUUUAAAGGGGGACUAUAGGCAGGAGCAGAGGGGCUAAUUUGGCCAUCUUCAGGUGACUAAUAUACACAGUAAGGGCCCUGGGUCAUGUAAGAUUCAGCACUAAAUAUAUUCCUCGUACAAGUGUGAAUAAUUUCGACGUACUGUGAGAUGUGAGAGACCCCUACUGGCGACUUCGUGUAACUUAAUCUUGCCUGCCUAGCUGCUGCCUAUAUUGUCCCUUGAAAACAGUAUGCCGAGAAACUGCAGGGUAUGAAUCUCUCGCAGCGCUGGGAUCGCGCACGUGUGACAAUCCAUCACAUCAGUUGUGGUUCGAUUUAUGUGCAUGUGCAGCAAUUUAAAGCACAAUUAUUUUUUUAACUUGUGGUCUGGGGUUGGGAACGCUACUAACUUGAGCUUUAGGUAUUUACGUUUUGUAUAAAUCUAACGAGUCAUGUAUUUCUUAAAUAUUCCAUUUAAAAAACUUCGUUACCGAUUUGUAAAGUAUAAAUUAACGUUUUCGAAUAAAAAGCCUUGUAUAUCAUUCAGUA